UGCACUGCACUUUUCAUUCAUUCAAUGUCAACGAAAAUAUAAACAUUGUACCUGAAAUAAACUGUAGAGGGCUCUUGUGAAAAUGGCGUCACCAGCCGGCAGUGCGGAUCUGGAAGCAACUCUCCUGAGUUUUGAAAGGCUGGACCGUGCAUCCCCUGAGCUAUGGCCUGAGCAAAUUCCUGGAGUAUCCAAUUUUGCCGAUAUCAAGAGUCCUUUCAACAAUGCAAAUUCACCGCCAUGGGAAGCUGAUUUAGAGAAGAAUGACAUCGAUAUGCUCAAUGAAUUGGGUAGUUUAACCACAGCCAAUCUAAUGGAGAAAGUAAAAGGGCUGCAGAAUCUAGCUUACCAACUUGGCUUAGAGGAAGCUCGUGAGAUGACUAGGGGAAAGUUUUUGGAUGUUCUAUCAGGUAGCAACAAGAACAAGAAGAAAUGAGAAUUGUCUAUAAAAUUCAUCUUAUACAGCAGAGACUCUGAAAUGAUGAAAAAAGGAAUGAUAACUCAACUGAUAGUUAUCUGCCUAAAGAUUAAAUAAUAAGAAAACAACCAAAGCCUUGGACUUGUAUUGCACAAAAGUUUGCACUGAAUACCAAAUAUGAAAGAACUAUUGUGAUUGGUCCUGGUCCGUGUUUGAACAAGAUGCAGAUGCAACAAUGAUCUUGAUUGGCCAAUUUUGUUUAGCUAUUGGCAUCCUUGCGUUACGGAGUGCAGGGUGUGUUUCAUAAAGCAUCUUGUCAGACCUUUUAACUGACAAAUUGGUCUCAGCAAAUCAGAUGCAAGGAUAUCAGUUUUCAGGGAAAAUCAUUGACAAAUUGCAUCAUGAAAUAUGAUUUGGAUCAUACUUUGAUUUUCAGCUGCUGGAAGUCCUUAGAUACCCAUAUUUGUCAUGUAAAGCUCACAGGAUAUUUGUUGAGUCAGCUCUCCAGCAAUAAGGUUUUGCAUUCUGAGAAAAAUAGGCCAUUUCCUUACUGCAAUCACAUAAGUCUUGUGGAAUGUAAUAUUGAAUCCCACCCUUAGCCAAUGAUAAUGUAUUUCAGUAGUAGUAGUGUUCUGUGCCACCUAGCCAUGGUUAUUUUUAGUGCAGUGCACAAGAUGGGUUUGGCCAGACUCUUCAUUGGUAAAUGUUAAGAUAUUUUCCCUCCCCAUUUAUUUUUUAAACCCCAACAGUCCAAGGGUAUUUUUCUUGUUAGUCUGAGGGGGGGGGGAUUAUCAGACCUUUGCUAUAGAUUGUGUGAUCAGGAAAAUAUUUUGCAGAUUGGUAGAAAUCAUUGUAAUCUAAGAGUUUGGAAAGGUAAAAUUUUCUACAGUUUUAUUUGAUAAUGAUAUAUUAAUGACUUUUGGUAGAAAGAGAAAUUGCAUUGGGUGUGAAAUAAACCACAUCCUCCCCCUGGCUAUAUAGGGUUUAUGUGUACCUGUAAUUAGAUACUGUUGUUUAUGUUUAGUUUACAUAAAAUUCAUGGUCA